AUACACACUUCUAUAUACAUAAUACCCACCUUCCCCUCAACAACGCGAGAUUUAUAAUAUCAAGUCUAUUCAACCGACUUACCACAUAAAAGUCCCAUAAGAUGUUCUCCAGAACACUCCCCGCAACAACCCGGUUCUUUAGUGGUACCUCCGGCAAAACCCCUGCAGCCAUACCAGUCAUCGUCUGCGGAAAGACGAGUCAGAUCGGGGAUCUUGUCAGGGAGGCAUUGCAGCCGGAAUAUGAAGUAACCCAUCUCUUCCUCUCACCUGCUACGGCGAAGAAUGAAAUCCCUGCAUUACUUCGUCAGACGAAUUCAACUACAGCUACGGGAUAUGGCACAUCCCCCUGGGCGAUUAUCAUGGGUGGCGGAUAUACCCAGACUGAUUUACAGGAGAUCCGCGCGGCCAGUCAGGGUCCGGAUGCCAAACCGGUUGCCUGGCUCAAGGUUGAUCCUGGCAAAAUGCCGUCGUCGAUUCCGGUGGGCCCGGAGUAUGGCCGGGCCGUAGCGAAGCGGACAAAGGAUCGGUUGGAUGCAUUGGUGCGGGAUGGAGGCAUUGAUCGGGAUGAGGUGCAUUUUAUCUAGAUCCUCUCCUGGUUUUUUAUAUCUCCGCAUGGGAUGGGAUGGGUAUAUAAAGAGAUGUCACGCGGUAUAUUGGUAUUCAAAUUGGUAUAUAUCAACAGAGCUAGAUAAAAGCACAGUCAUAGCUGGAUCCCACGAGCCGAGGUGCUUAGUAGAAGUCCCUACGGGAGGCUUCCUCGA